GGGCCCGCUUGGCUUCGGCGUCGGCGUCGCUCCCGCGCUGGGGCGCUAGGCCGGCUUCUCUGGGGUGGCGGCGGAUAAAGUGCCGGUGGCCAAGGGCGGGCGCAGGGCCGCCAGCCGCGCGGCGUCGGCUGGGCGCCAGAGCGUCGGGGUGAUUGUGUCGUGACAGCGACGCCGGUAGCCGUCUCCGCGACAGCAGGUGCGGCUGCUUUAGCCCCUAGCGGGCUCGGCGGCUGCUUGGCGAGUGUCUGCUCGCGCCCAGCCCUUUCCUUCCUGGACCCGGCGGGCGCCAAACAGCGACGCUGAGCCGACCGCCGGAGCGGCGGGCAAUGGCGGCCUCGACGGCCUCACACCGGCCCAUCAAGGGGAUCCUGAAGAACAAGAGCUCCACGACUUCCUCGGUGGUGGCCUCGGCCGAGCAGCCCGGCAGGAGCGUCGACGAAGAGCUGAGUAAAAAAUCCCAGAAGUGGGAUGAAAUGAACAUCCUGGCAACAUAUCAUCCAGCAGACAAAGACUAUGGUUUAAUGAAAAUAGAUGAACCCAGCACUCCUUACCAUAGUAUGGUCGGUGAUGAUGAAGAUGCAUUGAGUGAUUCAGAAACCACUGAAGCCCUGACCCCAGAUAUCUUAGCUAAGAAAUUAGCUGCUGCUGAAGGCUCGGAGCCAAAGUGUCGGCUUCAUGAACAAGAAAGCAGUGGAGAUGAGGAUAGUGACCUCUCACCUGAAGAACAAGAAAAAAAGCGACAGUUUGAAAUGAAAAGGAAGCUUCACUACAAUGAAGGACUGAAUAUUAAAUUAGCCAGACAAUUAAUUUCAAAAGACCUACACGAGGAUGAGGAAGAUGAAGAAAUGUCAGAGACUGCAACUGGAGAAAGUGUGAAUAUGGAAGCAUCAAAUGAAGGAUCUACUACAAGUGACCAACUGCAAGACACAUCACAGAGUUCAUAGAAGAGAUUUGUCCAACACUGUAACUGUCAAAUACAAAACCCUGUUACUAUACUAUACUGCUUGUUCUCUACAAUUCGACUCAAGUACCAAAUGCAUACCAGUUAUUAUAUAUUGCCAAGAAUUAAAUAACUUUAGAGACUAAUUAGACUGAAAAUUCCUAAUUGAUACAUAUAUUCUCGUGCCUAGUACUUCACCACAGAUACAGCAUAAUGCCAUCAGUCCAAAACUGCAUUACUUUUGUAAGAACACUGGUUAAUUUGUAUAUUAUAUAGCUUUUUAUGCUUUAGAGGUUAAACAGUACCUUUGGGGCGGGGGGGUAUCUAAUUUAUUUUCUUCACUUCUAGAUAUGAUAGCUCUUAUAAAAAGUUUUUUUUUAAUCAAAAUCCAUUGGAACAACAGAUAAUAUAGACUGAUAAAUAUUCAGUCUGAAAAGUAUUUUAACACGUCUUCAACUUGAUUUGUCUGUUUAGUUGAAAAGGAUUAUAAGAGUUACUGUUGCAUUUUCUGACCUCCUACCUUUAAAAUUCCUGUUGAGUUGCUUUAUGUUUACAAGGAAAGGAUUGAACUUUUUCUCAUCAAAACUAGCUUUUUUCACAAAUUAUCAGGUUAAACUUACACCAACGUCUGCUCUGACUUUUCUUUGUACACUCAAUGGGCAGACUUCAGAUCAGUUUUUAAAAUAUAGUUCUAAUACAGUUUCACCAUUCCCUUUAUUUACCUUUUUUAACCUCCUGCCUUUGUUUCUUACUCCUUUCCGCACAUACGCACACAAUCCUUUUUAAGGAUCAUAAAGAUCGUCCUGACAUUGGGCACUCUUCCUUCUCUCACAUAUUCUGUCAUUUGCUGCAACAAUGAAAAUCUUGUUUUGACUAUCAAUGCCUGUUAGCUCUUCUAAUACAGGGAGACAAUGGAUUGAAUAGUAGCAGUACUAUAGACAGGAAAUAUAAUUCAACUGCAGAAUUUCUACACCUCUCUGAUUUACAGCUUGCUUAUUAAAUUGCUGUUAUUAGUUUAUUGUUUGACUUAAUUAGACCCUAGAAAACAACUAAGAGGUUUUUUUGCAUGAUGAGAGAACUGUGUGUAACCAGUGAUAUGAUGAUAGCUCCUGAAUGUAUAGACAGAAGUUAACCUGAACACUUUUUAAUUUAAAAACUUUAAAUAGUCCCUACUUUAAGGAAUAUGAUAAUGUAUAUUAUGACAAAUGUACUUUAUUCUUCUAGUACAGUAAGAUUUGAAUUUUUUUUCUGAAUUGAAGUGCAGGUCCUGUGUAUCUUGGUUUAGUGAUGGUUUCAUUUGUAGUCAGUUAUUUGAAUCUUAAUUUUUUGUUAGUAUCAAAAGAAUCCAUUAUUUGAACAGACUUUCUACAUAAUUUCUGUAUGUUGUAUAUAUGAAAUGGCUUUUAGUGAACAGCUUACCUUCCACUUGCAAGUUUCUGGAAAUAUCAGUAUGUCAAAAUAAAAAGUGGGAGAAUUCUUUGGUGUUAGACAAAUGUUUUUAUUAUUUUGAAUGUCUUUUUUUUUUUUAAUGGGAUCCAAUCAAAGUACUUCUGAACUGCAGGUAUACUAUUCCAACUAAAACAUAUUAGCUAGUAAUACUGCUGAUUUAUAAAUAAAACAGUGUUUAUCUCUGCUUUCUGAAUUUAGAAUGUUGAGAUAUUCUUAUCUGUUUAAACCUAUUUUGGGGGAUUUAAGCUUAUGCAUAUGCUGUGUACAUAUGUUCGUGCACACAGACCUCUUGGUUUUCUCAUUUUGAGUUCUUAGAAAGUAUCCACGUACUCUCUAUUUGUAGCAAUAGCUGCUGCACAGUGAAGAAAAGGUGAGACCUUUAACAACUGAUUAUUUUGGUGUUUUCAACAAACUUUCUAGAAACUUAAGUCACAGGCAAACUUAUUUCUGGUUUCAGGAAGUUCUAGAUAGUUAUCUCAGAGGAGUAGGACAGGAUAAUAGCAUGUUCAGCAGGAUUUUAGGUGGUCAAAUGUAACUGAGUAUAACUGUUUUCAUCAAGUCAUGAGUUCCUAAUUGACAUGGUAUUGGAUUAUGCAAAAAAUGAACUUUUAGGAUUCAAGUUAGGUUUUCCUUUGGAGAAAGUUAUCUGUCAAUGUUCAGUUCUAGCCAAGGUAGAUUUUACAUUCAACUUUUUAAUCAAUAUCACUUCCUCUGCUUAACAAUUUUGGUGUCAUCUUUUCUGUUUAUUCAUUUUUCAGUCUGAAAUUCAGCAGUGAUGCUCUUUAAAAUCCAAAACAUAUAAUGGUAUAAAUGGAUUGUUAAGAAUAACUUUAAAUUGAAGAUUAAAGCAAAGUGCCAUUUUCCCUAGACUUUCAUUUUGUUUACAUUUUUUCCCUUUAAAUUAGUACACUAAACAUGUCAUAAUAAAAUACAGUAAUCUGA